AUGCUUGGGGAACUUCAGGCCGAUUCUGAUCCGCACAUGCCGUUUGGUGAAAUCUCGGUUAUCCAUAAGGAUUUCGGACAGAAGGUGACACAAGAUGUCGAGAGUAGGCAUGGGUUCGCUGCACAAGCUGGGCGGAGAAAGUUGAUGGCUCAGGCGAGAAAUUGGCUGUUAAGUGCUACGCUUCGACCGACUCACAGCUGGGUCUAUUGGAGAGAUGCCGAUGUAGAAACGGCACCAUUCACCAUUAUAGAAGACCUAAUGAGACAUGAUAAGGAUGUCAUUGUACCGAAUGUCUGGCGGCCACUCCCAGACUGGCUGGGUGGGGAACAGCCCUAUGAUUUGAACUCCUGGCAGGAGUCGGAAACUGCACUGGCCCUGGCAGAGACGCUGGAUGAGGAUGCAGUUAUUGUUGAAGGAUAUGCUGAGUAUGCGACGUGGCGGCCUCAUCUUGCCUACCUUCGAGACCCAUACGGUGAUCCUGAUAUGGAGAUGGAGCUUGAUGGCGUUGGCGGCGUUAGUAUCCUUGCAAAGGCAAAAGUGUUCCGUGCUGGAGUUCAUUUCCCAGCAUUCAGCUUCGAAAAGCAUGCUGAGACUGAAGCGUUCGGCAAGAUGGCCAAACGCAUGGGAUUUUCCGUUGUCGGUCUCCCACAUUAUACUAUCUGGCAUCUUUACGAACCUAGUGUCGAUGAUCUUCGACACAUGGAGGAAAUGGAGCAAGAGCGCAAAGCUCGCGAAAAGGAAGAGAAGGAACAAGCUGAGCGGUCAGAGCGUGUCAAUACUUUGUUCCGGGAUACUAAAGCAGAGUCGGAUAUCGAUAACGCUUUUGUUCGCGACGAUAUGGAAACCGAAGCAAAAGACCAGAAAGCCUCGGACGAUUCGAAGAAGCUCGAGGCUGAAAGUGCUGAGGAAGUGAAAACAGAUAAAUCCUCGAAAGCCCCAGAACGGGAAGAACAGAACGCUCCGGAAGCUCUGAAGAACAAAAACUUGAAAGAUGCUGAAGAGGUGUCUGCAGUAAAGCCGGCUAAGGAACAGGCCGGUGCUGUGCAUGAUGAGCAAUUAAAGCAGAGAGAGUAG